UUGGGAGUGACGUCGUUUCAUGUUUGAACAAACAUCGUCAACCCCAUUUCCGCAGCGGCGCUGCCCAGGAAAUUUCCAAACCGAGGCCCCCCUCCCCGUCGUCUUCUUCUUCUCUUUCACUCUCUCUCCGACUCUCCGUCUGUCCUCUGGUUAAGUAGGAGAGAGAGAGAGAGAGAGAGAGAGAGAGAUGGUGUUCAACAGCUUGCUUGUUCUAUCGGUGGCGAAGACAUCUGCAGACGUAUGGCAACAAAUAGCAUGCAUUCCCGACCGCAUAAGCCCCGACCAGUUGCUGGAUCUCAUCUGCUGCUUCCCCUUGCACCAGCUUGGCCGUCUCGCUAUCUGCUUCUGCACCUUCUUCUGCUUGCCCCCACCGGACUCCUACUACUAUCCCUCCAAUUACUAUGAUUCCGAUUCUUCAUCCUCCGAUUACGACGACGACGACGUUUACUACUACGAUUCUCACUCCGAUUGAUCCAUCCAUCUCCGCCCCUUCCUGCGUGUACAGUAAGAGGGCAAGAGUCUAGUGUCAUGGUAUGGACAGCAUCAUUAUGAAGAAGAAAAUGAGAAGGGAAGGGGGAUACAAAAGUCAAAGAGGGAUGCUGGAUGACACAGCCAAAAAGGAUGGAUAAUAGAGAUUGCACAAAAGGGUCAAAUUGUGGGCAUGUGAUUCAACAGGGGGAAAAUAAGUACUAGUGGAUCACAUGCAACCCAUGGACCAUCAUCUCCACCGUACGAUCACUUCUCAAAUUCCAAGAUUAGCUGUGACACUUCUGUCAUCCAUGAAUACACCCUCCAUCCAUUUUGGACGACUUUACCAAAUCUGUCCAAAAUCUCAGAUGCCCAAUUUGUUUUUUUCACUAGAUAUGUAAGAUGGUAAGUAGGAAGGGAAGGAUCAUCUAAUGAGGCACCGAGCAUGAAAGUGCCCACCAGGUGAUGACCCCUUGAGGACUAACCAUGUGAUUAAUUAAGAGGCACUGUCUAUUGUUAAUUAAGAAAAUGUUUUUCAGUUCAGGGCUUGUGAAAUGUGAACUAUGGUUUGUACUUGU